ACAAGAGGUCCAAGAGCGUCCUGAUGGUUGCGACCAUUGUGUGUUGUGUAGAACGUACAUGUUGGACUACGUGUUCCUACAUGUUGGCCGCUACAAGAUCCGGCAAGCCUCAGUCAGUCGGUCCGAUAGCCUGCACCAAGAAGGAUCUCCCACCGGUAUCUCCUACUUACUGAACUUAUUCCGGAUCCUCCAUCCCUAAAAACAAAAUGGCCGCCAGACUUACCGUCAAUUCCGUUCUUAAAUCAGGCACCAUGCAGAUGCCUGUCAUCGGUUUGGGCACACUGCAAGUUAUGGUAGACUAUCCAGACGGACCCACUUCGCCCACCAAGUCCUCUAAAGUAGAGGCCGUCGUCGCUAAGGCACGCGCGUCUGGACUUCCCCCUCCCAAGUACAAUUUGACCUCUUUAUCGCAAGAGAAGGGGUUGCCGAGGAAGGAGACUAUCCUCCGGGGCCUGGAGAUCGGCUACAGACACCUGGACAGUGCCUACGCCUACGAAAAUGAAGAGGCUAUUGGUCAGGCUAUCAGGGAGUGGAUGGACAUUGGAGGACUGAAAAGGGAAGACUUCUUCAUAACUACCAAGCUGCCCAACAUCGCCAUGCGCCAGGAACUGGUAGAUGAAUACUUGCAAAGAUCUUUGAAAAAUCUGCAGCUAGACUACGUAGACCUUUACCUAAUCCAGAAUCCUGUUGGGUACAAACCUGGAGACGUGCUCUAUCCCCGCGACAAGGACGGUAGCAUCGAACUAGACUUCCAGACUGAUCAUGUUAAAAUCUGGCAGGCAAUGGAGAAGCAAGUGGACAAAGGCUGUGCAAAGCACAUUGGCUUGUCCAACUUCUCUCUCCGUCAAGUAGACCGUUUGAUGGAGAAAGCAUCAAUCCCGCCUGCCAACAUCCAGGCGGAAUGUCACCUUUACUUCCAACAGCAGGAGUUGCGCCAGUGGGCAAAGGAUAAUAGUGUCGUCUUCACGGCCUACGCCGCCCUGGGGUCUCCAGCCAUGAUGAAUUUCUUCAGAGAGGCCAGGAAGAAUAGCGAAAUCAGGAUGAAGUCUCCUCUGGAUGACCCCUUGGUAGACCGCUUGUCGCGGGUCCACAAGAAGACCAGGGCCCAGAUAUUGCUCAGACAUCUUCUGCAGCUCGGGGUUGUGGUCAUCCCCAAAAGCAGCACCACUGAACACAUGGUGGAGAACAUCAACGUGUUCGACUUCGAGCUCAGCAGCCAAGAGAUGGCCGAACUGAACGCCCUGGAUCAGGGCGAACAUGGAAGAAAGUUCAGUUUGGUCGGAUUCUUCAAGGGAUACGAAAAACAUCCUGAAAACCCUUACCCGCUGGAUGAUUAGGCAUUAUGUGCAUGGCCCAACAUUGUUUUAACUUAGUUUUAACCUUCAUCUGUUUUAAAUACGCGUUGUUAUGUGCGAAUUUUACCUUGCUUUUAAGAUAUGAGUUUGUUCGACGCAUGAGAUGAAUUACAUCAUUAAUAAAUGAGGUUUUAAUAA